GCGGCCUCGGGAUCUCGUCCUGAUUGGCUUGGUCUAGAACCGGGGAAGGGACCUAUUUGAGUCCGGAUCCACUUCCUGCAGCCCGAGGCAGGAAGUCGUCCUACACUUCUGGAGUCGGGUGUGGAGUGAGAGCUGGCGGCCGGUGGGCGGUCGGGUCGGUUCCCGCCACAUCUGUCAGCCCGCCUCCAUCGGAGCGCCACGGCCCGCUCCGCCGACCCCGAGCCCGUUGCGGCUGCCCGGGGGGGUCUCCUGCAGGCUCCCCGAGGACACUCCGCAGGGCAGUGACCCGGGCAUCGCCUGGGCCAGCGGCCGCGGGUCUGGCGCCCUGCUUCCGAGCUGCGGGCCACAGUGAGACGUUGCCCUGUCGCUCGGCGCCCGCCCUCCCGGCCGUGAGCCACCGAGACCCAGAGCGGCUGCCUCGGACCUGGGACUAGAGCGAUCCACAACGCUCGGCCCCGGCCCGCCACGGACUGGGCUGUGCGUCUCUGAUAUGUCACCCACCAUCUCCCACAAGGACAGCAGUAGGCAGCGGCGGACCGGCAUGUUCUCCAGCCACGCUCUGGAUUUGAAGAGCGGCCCGCUGCUGCCGGGCGGCUGGGAGGACAGUCACCUGGACUCGGUGGGCGGGGAAGGGGACCGAGAAGCUCUUCUGGGGGAUGCCGGCCCUGUCGACUUCCCCAAAGCCCCGCGGAGCUACCGAACCGAGCUGAGCAGCAUUUUGCUACUGCUCUUUCUUUACGUGCUUCAAGGUAUUCCCUUAGGCCUGGCGGGGAGCAUCCCGCUCAUUUUGCAGAGCAAAAACGUUAGCUACACAGAUCAAGCUUUCUUCAGUUUUGUCUUCUGGCCCUUCAGUCUCAAGUUGCUCUGGGCCCCCCUGGUGGAUGCUGUCUACUUGAAGAACUUCGGUCGUCGGAAGUCUUGGCUUGUCCCUACUCAGUAUAUACUAGGACUCUUCAUGAUCUAUUUAUCCACGCAAGUGGACCGGCUGCUCGGAAACACUGAUGGUAGAUCUCCCGACGUGGUUGCCCUCACUGUGGCUUUCUUUUUGUUUGAGUUCCUGGCCGCCACUCAGGACAUCGCUGUGGACGGUUGGGCGUUAACUAUGUUAUCGAGGGAAAACGUGGGCUAUGCUUCCACGUGCAAUUCUGUGGGCCAAACAGCAGGCUAUUUUUUGGGCAAUGUUUUGUUUUUGGCGCUUGAAUCUGCUGACUUUUGUAACAAAUAUUUGCGAUUUCAGCCUCAACCCAGGGGAAUAGUUACUCUUUCAGAUUUUCUUUUUUUCUGGGGAACUGUAUUUUUAAUAACAACGACAUUAGUAGCCCUCCUGAAAAAAGAAAACAAGGAAGUAUCAGUAGUAAAAGAAGAAACACAAGGGAUCACAGAUACUUACAAGCUGCUUUUUGCAAUUCUAAAAAUGCCAGCAGUUCUGGCGUUUUGCCUUCUGAUUCUAACAUCAAAGAUUAUUGCUUGGAUUAGAAUAUGCCCUGCUAGUUUGGUGGACUCCUAAAGUAGAGCAUCAAGGAGGGUUCCCUAUAUAUUACUAUAUUAUAGUGCUGCUGAGCUAUGCAUUGCAUCAGGUUACAUUGUAUAGCAUGUAUGUUUCAAUAAUGGCUUUCAACGCAAAGGUUAGUGAUCCACUUAUUGGAGGAACAUACAUGACCCUUUUAAAUACUGUGUCCAAUCUGGGAGGAAACUGGCCUUCUACAGUAGCUCUUUGGUUGGUGGACCCUCUCACAGUGAAGGAGUGUGUGGGAGCAUCAAACCAGAAUUGUCGAACACCUGAUGCUAUUGAGCUUUGCAGAAAACUCGGUGGCUCGUGUGUUACAGCACUGGAUGGUUAUUACGUGGAAUCCAUUAUCUGUGUUUUUAUUGGAUUUGGUUGGUGGUUUUUUCUUGGUUCAAAAUUUAAAAAGUUACAGGAUGAAGGACCGUCUUCAUGGAAGUGCAAAAGGAGCAAUUAAUGCCUACCUUACUGGACAUUCUAGAAGGUAACCAUGGUUUAGUUUCCUGGAGAAAGCUAUGAUAAUCAAUGUGUAAGAGCAUAAAAUAUUAUUUAAAUAAGGAAAUUAUUAAUUAAAAAUGCCAAAUAGUUGGAAAAUAAAGACUUCUGUAUGUUUGAUCUUAUUUUUUUGCCUUGCCUUGUCAGUGUAUUUUUAAAGUUUGCUUAAGGCCAGGAAACAACCCUUUGGUCGUGUUAUUUGAUUUCUGUUAAUUUACUGACCAAAGCAUAUUCCAAGCUGCAGUGGAAUAGUCAUGGGUGGUAACCAUGCAGUCAAGUAUUGUUCUCAGUACCUGUCAGUGAGCUGAUCUAACACUUUGGUACAACAUAUUAAAUGGGACAGAGCUUAACAUUCAGGUCACUAGUAUGGCCUUACUGGAAGUAAACUCUCAUUUUGAAUUGUAAAUUUGUAAAAUUUUAUGUGAAAUUUGAUGAAAAGAAUGUAGACUACUAAAACAGUUAAUUGUUGUUUUUCUGACCUUAACUACAUUGUACAAAUGAAUCUGUUAAAAGAAUAACUAUUUUAAAUGUACUUUUUGCUUUUGUAAGCAUUAAAGAUUUAUAAAAAGAUUAUUCAAACUAUUUUUUUAUAAAAUUAAAGCUAUGAUUUUUAUUGAUUUCCCCCACCCCCUCCCUCUUUUGGGGGAAAAUAUUUUGAUUUCUUAUUAACUUUCACCCUAAGGUUUACCAUAUGAUUUUUGUCACAAGUGCCUCAGGGCACACAGACAGCUAAUAAAGGGAUCAAAUUUGUGUUGCAUAUAUGUUUAUGGCCAUGUUGUGAAAAUAAAAUUUAAAUGUUCUUCUUCCA